AUGAAAGUUAAAUGCAAUUUAUUAAGUGAAGAUGUUGAUAAUUUACAAAAAAUUAACUUUGGCGAUUUUGCUUUAGAUAUAAUUCAUUUAGAUUUAAGUGAAAAUCAACUGACCAAGUUAGAUAAUUUUUCAUUCUCAAAUUUAACCAAUUUAAAAAGAUUGGAUUUAUCAGCAAAUCUUGUACAAAAUUUAGAUAAAAAGUAUUUUCAAAGUAUGAAGAAUUUAGAAAAAUUAAUUCUUAGGCAAAAUCAAAUAAAAUCUAUACCACAAGGAACAUUUCAAAACUUGCUGUCGUUAAAACAACUAGAUUUAUCAGCAAAUCCUUUGAAAUGUGAUUGUGAUCUAAUUUGGAUAUUAGACUGGGCGCAAAGGAAUUCUGUGAAAUUAUCACCAGGACCAAAAUGUCAAAGUCCUUCAGAUUUCAAAAAUAGUUCUUUAAAGAAAUUAAAAGUCGGUAUAGAUAUGCAUUGCGAGACGCCUAUCACUCAGCAAAAUCAUGUUCAAUUGAACCCAAGAUACAAUCAGGUUGUUUUUGAAGGUGAUUCUUUGCAAAUACAUUGUUUAAUAAGCAGUAAAUACAAUACUGAUGAAAAUUUAGAUCAAAACACAAUAUCUCCUUGGAGUUGGACACCGCAUAAUUCAAAACAAUUCUCAAUAGACAUUAAAUAUAACGAUCUUGCGAGUAUGUUUCCAGAUAUAAACAUAAUUAAUAGAUUUGUAUCCGAUGGUGGAAUCAUUGAUUCACGUCUAGAUAUUGAAAACAUUCGUCACAAUCAAUCUGGACAAUUUUCUUGCAAAAUGGUAUCACCCAAAAUGAAUGUCUCCAAAAGUCUUGAUGUAGUUGUUAUUUCGAAUGAAACAAAAUAUUGUCAAACAAACACCACAAAAGAUAAUAAAGGCAUAUAUACUUGGCCUGCUACGGUUGUUGGUAACAACGUAGUUUUAAGAUGCCAAGGACAAAGUAGCGGUCAAGCAUUUGCAACUCAUUAUUGUUCUGUUAAUGGGAAUUGGUCUGGUUUGAACACGAGAGGUUGUCCAUAUGUGAACGAGAUAACAAAGAUACUAGAACAAUUCGCAAAGGUCAACUUAAGUCUGACAAGAAAUACUAUAGUAGAAAGUUCACGAGUCUUAAGGAAUUUAACUUUGGUAUCUGCAGCUAAUAUAACAAAAUAUAAUGAUCCCGAUGAUGUAGUUUUUAUUGUGCAUACCUUUCAUAAUUAUAUUGAAUAUUUGUCCCAAGAAAAGGAAUUAGGACCUAUACUAAUAGAUAUAGCCAGCGAGCUUAUGAAAUUCCCAAAACAUAUUUUAAAUGCAGCUCAAAGACUUAAUAAUUCUUGUACUGAACUUGUAAGAGAUUUAGAACUUACUGCUUCUUUUGCACCCGCACUCCAAAAAAAUCUUGCUUUGGAAGAAUUUCAAGUGAACCAAGACAGUUUUACUGGUUUGACUUGCUCAUGGCAUAUUUUUGAAGAUGCUAGAGUUUUUCAUUGCUCUAUUUCAAACCAAUCACUGUUACGCAGUCCACAGAAUCAUCUAAUAGAUGCCAUAAUACAGAUUCCACCUUCAGUUCUUAGAGAUUUUGACACUCAAACAAAAUCAGCUCCUUCUUCACAUAAUCUUCUAGUUGGCAUGUUUGAAAAUAAUAACUUUUUUCCCAUAUUAAAUAAGAACGGCUCGGAAAAUUUUAAUAUACUAUCAUGUAUAGUUGGAGUAAAAAUAGAAAAUCAAACCAUUAAAAAUCUAAAUGAACCGAUACAAAUUAUGCUACGACUGCCGAAUUUUAUGCGGGGCGAUAGAGCUCCAAUACCUGUCUGGUGGAAUCAGCAAUUGCUAUUGGGACAUGGAGAUUGGUCAAUGGAAGGAUGCCACUUAUCUUACACUAAUAAUGAAUUGUUCAUAUUCACUUGUGAUAAUGUUGGAUAUUAUGCACUUAUGCAAGAACCAUCUAUAGCUAAUUCUAGCAGCAAUGAACCGAUGGGUGCCAAGUUUAGAUUCCUGCAUUUAGCUGUGUACAUUGGAAGCUGUUUACAAUUUAUCUGUUUGAUGAUUACCAUUGUAACAUAUAUAAUUUACUUCAAUGCUAUUUUGAUGCCAAGAAAGACAAAACAUUCAUUGAUUAACACUUGGAUUGCUAUGUUGUUACUCUGCUUAUCGUUUACAUUAGGCAUUUUUCAAACCGAGUCAAGAUUAUUAUGCCAGACCGCCGGAAUUAUACAGCACUACUUAUUUUUAUCAUGCCUUUUGUGGAUGUCUGUAACAGUCAGUGAUAUGUAUAAAAGACUUUCUGCUAAGGAUCCUGUUUUAUCAGAUGAUUUAUUACAAUCAGAACCACCAAUCCCUAAACCAAUAGUUGGUUUGUACCUGCUAGGAUGGGGAGUUUCUCUCAUAGUAUGUGGUAUUUCUGGUGCAGUCAACAUGAAGCAAUAUGCAUCUUUCGAUUAUUGCUUCUUAUCAUCCAAAGCAUCGUUAACUACAGUUUUUGUUCCAAUGUCAGGAAUGAUAUUAUUUAUUAUAUCGAUGUUUUUAAUAGUUUGCUGGGCUAUCAGACGCUAUGAUAUGUUAGGACAUAUGUCGGAAGGAACUCAGGCAACAGAAAACGUUGAUAUAGAAUUGCUCGAACCUCAAACGGUGACAAGUGGUGGUAGACAGAGUGCGCAAAGUAUUUCAACGCCUACAUCGUGCGAAAUGGAAGACCAAGAGAAUUCUCCGAAAAUUCAAUUAAAAGCGCAUGUAAUAGUGUUAUUUUUACAUUGCUGCAUGUGGUCCACUGCAGCAGUUUAUAUCAGCAGGCCUCUGAAGCACCUAGUAAUAUACGAUGAGGAUAUAUUCGGCUCGCUGUAUGGUAUUUCAGCAUCAAUAUGUGGAGUUUUCAUAUUGUUUUUCUAUAGUGUUGCGCGUAGCGAUGUUCGCAGCCAAUUGGAGACCAUGAUAUGUUGCCCGAAAGGUCAAAAGCGUUGGUGUCGUUCGAGAACAAUUUCCGACGCCACUUCAAAUAAUAAACCUCAGCAGGUAGAACUAUUAGGCAGUGUCCCUUUACAGCCAAUAUCCAAUCAAGACGCGGCAGCACUUGCUCUAAGUCAAUCUUUACACGCAAGUUCUGGGAAAACCAUCAAACGUAACAGUGGUAACGCUCGGGAUUUAAUCCCUAGUGCAGAGAUGUUCUACAAUCCCAAUCAGAGCAACGUAGCGCGAAAAUUUUUCAAAAAACAAAAACGCCACAUGAAGCACAAUAACUUAGAAAUCCAUCGACUAACAGAUGGAUCAAAGAGUGAUGGAGGUUCCAUUAUUUUCAAGCCUCGUUCGGCAUUGGAAGCCGGCGUUAUGACUACGAAUAUAUUUGCUACUAGUUCUAAAGUUAAUAAUAUAAACAUUCAUGCCGAACAGAAGCCUUGUAAUAAAGAGGUUCAGAAGCAUUGCAAUAUAUUAUCUGACACAGAGUCAGAUUUCAUAGAAAGAAUAAGUCCUCAUGCAAUACAUUUCAUACCCGCCUCGGACGGGAUGUGUGUUUCCAUGAAGCACAAGAAAAGCAAUAACGUUGCCAAUAUAUAUACAAACGUACCAGAAACUUCUUUACCGGAGCAUCAGAGGGUACCUUUGGUUAAAAAUGACUUUGCUUCAAUGUCUUCUGAAGAUACAAAAAUUUUGCGGCCAAUAUCCUCCAAAAUCUUAUGUGAAAGUUCUUAUGAUCCGACACCGAGUGUUUAUUCUGAGCUAGAUAGCACUUUAGAAGAAAAGAAAGACUUUAGUAGCAAUCUAGGCCCUUGUCACUCACCAAAGUCUUUUCUAGAUUUUGAUGAACUUAAUCACACUCCAACCAAAAACAAUGAAUUUAUGAGUGUAAAACAAGACCAUAAUAAUAAAUCUGAAAGUCCAAUUUUGUUCCCUUCUAAUAUUGUCAAUUUAUAUGACCAUAAAUCUGACAACGCCGAAUAUUUACGGUCAAGCAGCCCCUUACUAGAAGAUUUCAUAAACUAUCAUCAAGCAGAUGAAUUUGAACCCAAUUUUGAUAGUGACUGCAACUAUGUGCAAUAUCCUACUUCAGAAUUAAGUAUAAAAAGUCACGGCUUAUAUGCCCCUCAACCAGAAAUAGGUGGGAACGAUUUAAAUAUGACUUUGAUAAAUGAAGCUGAUCUAAGAUGCAUCCAAAAUCGCGUCCACGACAACGAUUUUCCUUAUCAGCCAUCAGAAAUAAGUGCUAUAAGUUCUUUAACCAAUGACAACAUACGUUCAGGUAAAACAUAUCAAAACUGUUCCCCAUAUAGACAAUCGUCAGCUAGUUUGAAUAGUGUGAGUGACAUCAUGCAAAGUUCCCAGUAUCAAGAUUAUGCCCAAGUGCAUAGUACCUCUAUCGAUGAUCUUUAUGAACAAAUCAAGUGUAGACCAAGACCAAGAACCAGAUCAUCGGCUUAUUAUGUCAACAGUGAAAAUUUCAAAUCCCCCCAUUCAAGAUCUAUGGAAUGUGAUUUGAAUAGUCAUGAGAGAAAUGACUUUGAUGUGAAGAACGAUAAAUACGAAAGCUAG